CGUCCAAGUUCAGUCUCUGUUAUUCAUCAUCACUCUCCACUCUUAUUAUUUCAUCUUCUGAAAUGGCAGCGCCUAAUCCUCUUCUCACUCCUUACAAAAUGGGCCAAUUCGAUCUCUCCCAUAGAGUUGUUUUGGCACCCCUCACUCGACAGAGAUCUUACGGCAACGUUCCUCAACCCCACGCCAUUCUCUAUUAUUCUCAGAGAACUUCCAAAGGAGGCCUUCUCAUUACUGAAGCCACUGGCGUUUCCGACACCGCUCAAGGCUAUCCCCAGACCCCUGGCAUAUGGACGAAGGAGCAAGUCCAAGCUUGGAAGCCCAUUGUCGAUGCCGUUCAUGCCAAAGGUGGUAUAUUCUUUUGUCAAAUUUGGCAUGUUGGAAGGGUUUCAGAUUCAGAGUAUCAGCCCAAUGGACAAGCACCGAUAUCUUCUACAGACAAGCCACUCUCGCCGCAAAUUCGGAGUAAUGGCAUUGAUGAAGUGCAAUUCACGCCACCAAGGAGGCUAAGGACAGAUGAAAUUCCUAGUGUUGUCAAUGACUUCAGACUUGCUGCAAGGAAUGCUAUGGAAGCUGGUUUUGAUGGGGUUGAGAUUCAUGGGGCUCAUGGUUACCUGCUUGAGCAAUUCAUGAAAGAUAAAGUGAAUGACCGAACAGAUGAAUAUGGUGGAUCGCUUGAGAACCGUUGCCGAUUUCCUCUGGAAAUUGUUGAAGCUGUUGUGAAUGAGAUAGGGGCGGAGAGAGUUGGAAUUAGGUUGUCACCUUUUGCAGAAUAUGCAGAAUGUGGAGACUCAAAUCCUAAACAACUCGGCCUUUAUAUGGUGAAUGCCCUGAAUAAAUAUGGUAUUUUGUACUGCCACAUGGUAGAACCCAGAAUGAAAACUGUUGGAGAAAAAGUUGAAUGCCCUCACAGCUUGGUGCCUAUGAGAAAGGCCUUCAAUGGCACUUUUAUUGCUGCAGGAGGUUAUGACCGGAAAGACGGCAUCGAUGCCGUGGCUGAAAACAGGACAGAUCUUGUUGCUUAUGGUCGUUUGUUCCUGGCUAAUCCAGAUUUGCCUAAUAGAUUUUCACUUGAUGCUACUCUCAACAAGUAUAUCAGGGAGACAUUCUACACUAAUGAUCCGGUUCUUGGUUAUACAGACUACCCGUUUCUUGAAUAAUGCAACCAAUGUUGUAACAUCCAAGGGUCUAACUAAGAGCCUCCUUUCACAAUAAGCUUUUCUUCCAUUACACAUUCCUGUUUGAAUUUGGUUGGUUUGUGUAGAUGAUUUAUUGGCAUAUUCUUUACAUAGUUCUCUGCUCACGCUUUGGAUCCAGUUGACACUUGUUCAACGUGGUGAAGGCAUAUAGUAUGUAAAACUAUUAUAGUUGUAAUAAUGUCGCUGGAUGCCAACAAGAAGUGUUAGGCAAAAGCUAUGUACCUGAUUUGUAAUACCAUACGAACUUUGUGCUAAUAAGACGAUUAUUUCUGUAC